ACAGUCUCACUAUGUUGCCCAGGCUGGUCUCGAACUCUUGGCCUCAAGCAAUCCUUCCAUCUCAGCCUCCCAACAUGUUGGGAUUAUAGGCAUGAGCCACUGUGCCCAAUCUGUGCUUUCUUCUAUGUGUCUUUUAUUAGGAAAGCUUUUCCUAGAAGUAGCCCCUCCCACCCCCUACCCUUCCUACAAGGUCUUACUGGCUUCAAAGGGAGGUUGAAAAGCCCAGUAUCUGGCAGGUUGCUUUGUUGUUGUUGUUUGAGACAGCGUCUCACUCUGUAGCCCAGGCUGGAGUGCAGUGACGCAAUCUCUGCUCACUGCAACCUCCGCCUCCCGGGUUCAAGCGAUUCUCAUGCCUCAGCCUCCCAAGCAGCUGAGAUUACAGGUGCAUGCCACCAUGCCUGGCUAAUUUUUGUAUUUUUAGUAGAGAUGGGGUUUCACCAUGUUGGCCAGGCUGGUCUCGAACUCCUGACCUCAAGUGAUCUGUCUGCCUCAGCCUCCCAAUGUGCUGGGAUUACAGGAGUGAGCUACUGCACCCAGCAGUUUUGCCUCUCAGUAGAAAAUCAACUCUGUCAGGAAGGAAUAAUAGAAGGCAUGGUAGAAGAAUGACUGCUGGAUCGGCCAUCAACAGAAUGUGCUGUAUACCCCAUUUUCCCUCCCAUCUCCAGAGGGGCUUCCGUUAUCUCAUUUGUUCAAUCUAAGACCAGUUCCUUUCCACUAGCAUUUAAUUUUGUGCAAAUCUCUCCCAUCUUUAAAAAGCUGUCUUUUCAAAUCCAAAUUCCUGUCCAGCUAAUGUUCCUUUCUUCCUCCUCACCUUCACAUGCACUGACUCUUUACCUCCCCUUACUUUUCAACCUUCUGCCAUCUGGCUUCUGUACACAAGAACCAUGAGAAUUGCUCUUGCUAAGCUUAAAAUGACCUCUGUGUUACCAAAAACAAUGGACAUUUUUUAGUCUCUCAUCUUAAUUGACCCAACAGCAGCAUUCCACACCACUGCUUCUCCUUUCUUAAAAUUCUCUCUACCCUUGGCUUCUUUGAUAUCACACACUCUCCCAUUUUCUUCCACCACCCCACACUCUGCCUUUCCUGCUGAGUCUCUUUUACUGGUUUAUACUUUUUAAUACAACCCUAUAAACGUUGGAGGCCCUAAGACCUCAAUCAUGCUCGUGUCUCACCUCACUUUGCACCAUCUCCCUAAGUGAUGGUAUCGUUAUCUUCCAGUGCCUCAUUGAUCCCCUGUAUGUAGAUAAAUCUCACUUUCCUAUCUCUAGUUAAGAACUGUUAUCUGAGCUCCAAGACUAACAGCUAUCUGCCUACUUAACACCGCCAUGUGACUAUCUCUCUAGUACUCCAAACACAUGUUUAAUAUUGAACUCACACCUUCAUGAACAACCUCCCCACCAUUCUUCACUUCUUUCAGUGUUGCCUAUCUCAGUACCAUCUUCUUUAUGAUUUCCCAAGGCAGAUACCCCAAAUCUCUCUCUCUCUCUCUCUUUUAUUUUAGAGAUGGGGUCUUGCUCUGUCACCCAAGCUGGAGUGCGGUGGUGCAGUCAUGGCUCACUGCAGCCUCAAACUCCGGGUUCAAGCCAUCCUCCUGCCUUGGCCUCCCAAAGUGCUUGGGUUACAGGCAUGAGCUACCACACCUGGCCACAAAAUCCCUUCUUGAGUCCUUCUUCCUCAACCUCAACAACAUAUAUUGGGUCUGUCUCCAGAAUAUCAAAAGUAUCCACUUCACUGUCUCCCUUAUGUUAAUACAUGAAUAAGUACCUCUUACCUGGUCUAUUCACAUUCAGCCAUUCCACUUCAAAUCCAAUCUAUUCAAUUGCUAUGCUACAAUUUAAAAAUGGAAGUCUUAUAUGUAUCUGUGUAUUUAUUUAUUUAUUUUUGAGAUGUAGUCUCGCUCUUUCGCCAGGCUGGUUGGCAGUGGCCCCAUCUUGGCUCACUACAACCUCCACCUCCUAGGUUCAAGCAAUUCUCCUGCCUCAGCCUCCUGAGUAGCUAGGAUUACAGGCGUGUGCUACCACGCCCAGCUAAUUUUUGUAUUUUUAGUAGAGCUGGGGUUUCACCAUGUUGGUCAGGCUGGUCUCGAACUGCUGACCUCGUGAUCUGCCCGCCUUGGCCUCCCAAAGUGCUGGGAUUACAGGCGUGAGCCAUUGUGCCUGGCCAGCUUUUCUGUUUAAAAAUUUUCAAUGGCUUCCUGUAAUCCUUAGAAAAAUGUCUUAAAAUUUUUAACAUGAUUUUCAAGACUCUGUAUCAUCUGAUCCUUGCCUAGCUUUCCAGCUUCACUUGUACCACACUCCUCUUCCUAUGUUAUAGCCACAGUGGGCAUUUUUUAGUUCUGCAAGUGCACUGUGUUUGCUUGCUUCAGAGCCUCACACUGUUGCUUGCUCCAUGUGGAAUGGCCUUCUCCUUCACCUACCUAGAGUUCCCCGACAUGUCAUUUCCUCAUGAAGGCCCUUUCUGACUCCACUAGUCCAUGUUCGGUCCCAUCCUCAUACACUUCUGUAGCACUCUGAAUUACCCUUCUGUGACAUUCAUCAUCACUCAUAAUCAUUUAUUCAAUGUCUGUCUUCCUGACUAGACUGUACAGUCACAAAGAUAGGGCCUUUUUCUGACUGCCUCACCUCCUUAUCAGUGCCAGGCACAAUGCCUAGCUCAUAAUAGAUGAGUGAUAAACACUUGACAAAUGAAUAUAAAACUAUGAAGGAUUCUUAUUUAAUUCUAAAAUUAGAGAUAAUUAAAGACAUAGUUCUAUUGGAAUAAUUUCUAGAUUGAUCGAAUUUCAAGAAGUCCAUUAAAGUUGAUGUUAAAAGUCAAUUCUAAUUUUUCUAUAGGACUGUUGUCCUAUAGAAGCAACUGUCCGUAAUCAGCAUUAUGUCUCAGUUUAUAAUAACACUAUAUACGAGAGGCCUGAUUGGGAAAAAAAAGUACAAAAAUCGGAGUGCAAAUAAUUAGCUAUUUGUAGGAAAGUUGGUAUAUUCAGAUGUAUCACUUCCUUUAUGUUGCAAAGAUUGUCAGAUAGAUGUACUGCUGGAGGAUAAAUUUAAUUGAUGUAGAAUUUAACAUAAUAGUAUAUGCAACUUUAAAUAAACCAUGCAAGCCUUUAGCUAAUAGUUAUUACAGACCAUGUGAUUUCAUGAAAAGUAUUAAAUAUGGAUCAGUUUUCAUUUAAUGGCAGCCAAUCACAAAGCGCCACAUCUUAAUUAUAGGACAUUCUCCCAGAAAAUUGGAAAAUAAAUCACUAUCUAGUCUGUUUUGUAUUAGCAUGGAAAGUAGCUGGAAAAUAAAUGAUCUAUUCUCUGCUUUUGUGUUACUUUAAAAAGUAGCUGUGGCAAUAGCCUAACGCAUUUUGAAGCUUUGGAAUGAUCUCUAUCCAGUGUCUAGGAAAUUGCUGAAGGCCUGCGUUCUACCAAUUCCUCCGCUUAGGCACAUGGACUACAGGUUAUUACAGAAGGUGACUUGCGGUUUUUAUCCUGUUUUUCCGCAAGGUUGAGCUACGUUCAGAAGAAAUCAAAGCCUCGGAGUUAAUCCCUACAAAGCCCAUUUAGUUCCAUGCGAGGACUAUUUCCUCCACACUGAGAGUCUCAACGAGGCCGAGAAUAGCAUAUGCCAGUUGGAGUGACACUUAUUUCUCCCUCUCCCCUUUAUAGAAUGUGCAGUGGCCCUCACUGCUGCCCCCUUUAGCCGUGCCUCAGAACCCACAGUUACAUGCUCCACAAUAUGGAGGCGAAAAAGCCUAAGAGGACUACAAUUCCCAUCAUGCCUCACUGCAGGCGCCGCCGACGUGUCUUAGCGGUUAGUCAUCCUUCCUACCGCCUUCCUCCACUUCCUGGACUGCGCGACAGGAGGCCUAGCGGGCGCGCGCACGCACCACCGACUCGCCAACGAGAGAAGGCCCUGGGGCACGGACAGCGACGGGUUGCGUCAUGUGACGUGAGGUGUUCUCGCGCGCGGUAGCGCGCGUCUCCGGGUGCCGCUGACGGGAGUGCGCGCUUCUGCGGAGUCGGUGGUGGGGGCCGAACCAGCCGAGGUUGCGGGGGCCGCAGAGCAGGACGAAGACGGAGGGCGGAGCCGGCUUCGGGACUGCGGAGACUACACACCGAGCGAGCGCCUGGGCCCGAAGGGAGCGAUGCUGUGGUUCCAGGGCGCCAUUCCGGCCGCCAUCGCGACGGCCAAAAGGAGCGGCGCGGUCUUCGUGGUGUUCGUGGCAGGUGAUGAUGAACAGUCUACACAGAUGGCUGCAAGUUGGGAAGAUGAUAAAGUUACAGAAGCAUCUUCAAACAGUUUUGUUGCUAUUAAAAUCGAUACCAAAAGUGAAGCCUGCCUACAGUUUUCACAAAUCUAUCCUGUAGUGUGUGUUCCAUCCAGUUUCUUUAUUGGAGACAGUGGAAUUCCCUUGGAAGUAAUAGCAGGAAGUGUUUCUGCAGAUGAACUUGUUACAAGAAUUCACAAAGUCCGACAGAUGCAUUUGCUAAAAAGUGAAACAUCAGUAGCAAAUGGCAGUCAGUCAGAAAGUUCAGUGUCUACACCAUCUGCCUCAUUUGAACCUAACAACACUUGUGAAAACUCUCAGUCAAGAAAUGCAGAGCUUUGUGAGAUACCACCCACUUCUGAUACAAAGUCAGAUACUGCAACAGGAGGAGAAAGUGCAGGCCAUGCCACUUCCUCUCAGGAGCCUAGUGGAUGCUCAGAUCAGAGACCUGCGGAGGACCUCAACAUCCGAGUGGAAAGACUAACAAAAAAACUUGAAGAAAGGAGAGAAGAGAAAAGAAAAGAGGAAGAACAGAGAGAAAUUAAGAAGGAAAUUGAGAGGAGAAAAACUGGAAAAGAAAUGUUGGAUUAUAAAAGAAAACAAGAAGAAGAAUUAACAAAAAGAAUGCUGGAGGAAAGAAACAGAGAAAAGGCAGAAGAUAGGGCAGCUCGAGAACGUAUAAAACAGCAGAUUGCAUUGGACCGUGCAGAGAGAGCUGCUCGUUUUGCAAAGACAAAGGAAGAAGUAGAGGCUGCCAAAGCUGCUGCCUUGCUAGCCAAACAGGCAGAAAUGGAAGUCAAGAGGGAAUCUUAUGCAAGAGAAAGAAGCACUGUUGCAAGAAUUCAAUUCCGUCUUCCUGAUGGUUCUUCCUUUACAAAUCAGUUCCCUUCUGAUGCUCCUCUAGAAGAGGCAAGGCAGUUUGCUGCACAGACUGUUGGCAACACUUACGGUAAUUUUUCAUUAGCAACCAUGUUUCCCAGGAGGGAAUUUACCAAAGAAGAUUAUAAAAAGAAGUUACUGGAUUUGGAACUUGCCCCAAGCGCUUCGGUGGUAGUGUUGCCAGCAGGAAGACCAACUGCAUCCAUUGUACACUCUUCCAGUGGAGACAUUUGGACCUUGUUGGGAACAGUGCUUUAUCCAUUCCUUGCCAUCUGGAGAUUAAUUAGCAAUUUCUUGUUUAGUAAUCCGCCUCCCACACAGACUUCAGUGAGAGUAACAUCGUCAGAACCCCCAAACCCUGCAUCAUCUAGCAAAUCAGAAAAAAGGGAACCAGUGAGAAAAAGAGUGCUGGAAAAACGUGGAGACGACUUUAAAAAGGAGGGGAAAAUUUAUAGAUUAAGGACUCAAGAUGAUGGUGAAGAUGAAAACAACACUUGGAAUGGAAAUUCCACUCAACAGAUGUAGUGUGACAAGUAUAAUAUGUGCAAUAAUCAUUGUUUCUCUUACGAUUUAAUUCAACUAAAAUUCUACUGGAGAAGUGGGACUGCUUUAUAUUUUCCAACUGGUCUAUAAAAUGUCUCUUUAUUCCUGCUUAGUGGGUGUGGGUUGAAGGUGUUUAACUCAGAAAAGUGAAGACAGGAAAUAACUCUGCUAGGUCCUUGCUUAUAUGGCAACCACUGCUAGAAGCCUAAAAGAACCAAAAAGUCUGCCGCAGCCUGCCUCCAUCAGCUUCUUAUUUAGUAUUUCAUAUGCCCAUUAGCCCUGUGCUGUCAGAUGACACGUUUUGUUUAGAGCUACUUUGCUCCAAGACUCUUAAGCCCAAAGUAACUGGUAUGUCACUGAGUAGCUUGACUCUGUGUCAGAGCAUUUUAACUAGCCACUCAGAUGAGAAUUUAUGUUUAACUUCUAUUUUUACUCAUCAGCUGCAAGCAAAAUCUUGUAGUUUUUAAUCUUAAACACUGAAUAAAAAAACUUUCCCCUAAAUUGGAAUGAUCUUAGUUUUGCUUUGAGUUUUGUUAUCUAGCAUCUUUUUGUUGCACAGGGCUCUCUAUUGAGGUCCUAUGUCUCUAAUUUUUUUUUUCCCCAGUAUUGCCCUGGAGCUGUCUCUGGAAAGUAGCUGGCUAGGUUACCUUAACUAUCACUGAAGAAAGAAAUUUUCUGACACACACUGAUGCCAUGUGACUUGUCUCCUAAGUCAGUGAGGCAUCACUUUGUUUGCAUAAAGUAUACGGUUUGUUAAGGCCUUUGUUCUCGUGCGAUGCAAAACAGCUGCUAGUCUGCAACCGAGUUUUCCCUCUCACCUUUGACUGAAGUUUUGUCCUCAAUAAUUACACAAGGACCUAGAGUACCUAUAGGACAAAAAGUGUAGAAUAAAGAUAUGCCUUUAGUCAUUUGGUUUUUCUUAAAAAGUUGAGAUUCUUAAUCUGACUUACGUGUUACUUUAUCCAUAUGUCUUUGUUAGUGGAGACCACUAAACUAAUGAUGUUUGAAAACAGUUCCUCUGUUUUAGAUUGGAAGAUAGCACUCUAGAGUGGACAUAUGGAAAGACUGUGACUUUAUUUUGUAAUGGGAGGAGGAAAUUUUUUCAGAGCAAACUUUCUAUUUUUUACUUGUGAAAUAACUGUCUUUUUAAAAUGGUGACAGUGUUGGCAAGGAAACAGCAACACAGGCUGUGCUGUUGGUAGGAGUGAAAACCAGUAUAAUUCUUCUGAAAAACACUUAUCAGAAACUUAAAAUAUUUCAUGCCGUUUGAUCCAGUAGCUUCUUCUAAAUCAUAAAUGCAGACAACGUUUAGGUAAAGACAUAAUCAUUAAGUGUUAUUUAUUUUACUCAAGAACUGGAAACCAACUAAAUGCCUUCUGUAGAAGUAAUUUUUGAUGAGGAGAAAUGGUACAAUACUAAUUAACAACUUGGUUUAACAUGUUUACUGAGCAUCUGUUAAGUGUUGGGGGAAAAAGAAGCAGGAUCCAGAGCUAUAGGUACAGUGUGAUCUCAGCUUUGCAAACACAUUUUCUACAUAGAUAGUACUAGGUAUUAAUAUAUAUGUAAAGAAAGAAAUCACACCAAAACAUUAAUAAUGGUAAGAUUGGUUUAUGUGAUUUCAAUGGUAUUUUUGGCACCCUUAUAUAUGUUUUCCAAACUUUCGGCAGUGAUGUAAUUUCCAUAACUUAAAAAGUGAGUUUGAAAAAAUCUUCAGCAAGCAUCCCAUUUAAAUAAAGGUUUGUCAUGUUUAAAAAAUACAGCAAUAUGUGACUUUUUAAAAAAGCUGUCAAAUAGUUGUGACCCUACUAAUAAUUAUUAGAAAUACAUUUGGAAAAACAUCGAGUACCUCAAGUCAGUUUGCCUUGAAAAAUAUCAAAUAUAACUCUUAGAGAAAUGUACAUAAAAGAAUGCUUCGUAAUUUUGGAGUAGGAGGAUCCCUCCUCAAUUUUGUAUUUUUAAAAAGUACAUGGUAAAAAAAAAUUCACAACAGUAUAUAAGGCUGUAAAAUGAGAAUUCUGCCCCCUCACCUCUUACCCCAGUACUAUUCUCCAGAAGUAAUCUAUUAACAAUUUCUUAUGUAAUUUUCAGAAAAUUUGUAUGCGUAUAUAAGCAAAUAUGUAAUCUUUAUUUUUUAAAUAAAUGGGAUCAUAUUAUAUAUUCUA